AUGUUGUCAUGUGUCCACUGGCUGCAGCCUCUCCUUGCCUUGUUCUCCUCCUUGCUCGCCUUGGUGUCUUGUGGUAAUAGCUGUCCACCCAGCUGCCUCUGCCCGGACCACCACACCGUGGACUGCACGGGCCAAGGACUGACCCGCCUGCCCGAGUCCAUCCCGCUGGACGUCCGACGGCUGCUGCUCUCGGACAACUGGAUCCCCUGGAUCCCCUCGGACUUCCUGGUGCUCUACAGCGACCUGGUCUACCUGGACCUGCGGAACAACUCCCUGUCCCGGGUGGAGCCGGGGACGCUGAGCACGUCGUCCCGCCUCGUCUUCCUGGACCUGGGCAGCAACAACCUGACGGAGAUCCCCUCGGGGACCUUCCGGGACUCGCGCAGCCUCAUCAAGCUGCGUCUGGGGAACAACCCGUACCUGAGCGCGGUCAGCGCCGACGCCUUCGGGGGCCUGAGCUCGCUGCGGGAGCUGGAGCUGGAGAGGAACGCGCUGUCGGGGCUGGACGUGGAGGUGCUGAGCCAGCUGCCCUCCCUGCGGGUGCUGCGGCUGGAGGGCAACCCCUGGGUGUGCAACUGCAACUUUGCCAAACUCUUCCUAUGGCUCAUGGAGAACCAGCACAAGCUCCCGACUGGCCUGGAGGGGAUGGAGUGUUCCUUACCGGUGGACGGGCGUCAGUUGCCUCUCAGCAUGCUCUCGGAGGACAGCUUCCGGGAGUGCCGCGGGAUCCUCACCCUCACGGACUAUCUCAUCGUCAUCUUCUCCGGGAUCUGCGUCUCGGUGGCGGCCAUCAUGGCCAGCUUCUUCCUGGCCUGCACCGUCCACUGCUUCCAGCGCUGGAUCAAGUUCACCAAGUCAGACAAGGUCGACGUGGAGGAGUGAAGAGAGAAAGAGAAAGACUGAGAGAGAGAAAAGGAGAGCUGAGGACAGUCCACACUUUGAUCUUAUCCCAACAAACACUCGGCUACCCAUGCUGCACCUCUGCAUGGACGCCCACAGUG